GCCUUCCCCUCCUCCUUUCGGGAGGCUUGGGCCGUCAGCAUGGCGGCCUUGGAGGCUCGGGUGUGCGAGACGGCGGGCUGCAGCCGGGAAGCCAAGCUCCAGUGCCCCACCUGCCUCAAGCUGGGCAUCCAGGGCUCCUACUUCUGCUCCCAGGAAUGUUUUAAGGGAAGCUGGGCUACCCACAAAUUGCUGCACAAGAAAGCAAAAGAUGAGAAAGCUAAGCGAGAAGUUUCUGCCUGGACUGUAGAUGGUGAUAUAAACACAGACCCCUGGUCUGGCUAUCGAUAUACUGGUAAACUCAGGCCACAUUAUCCACUGAUGCCACUGCGGCCUGUGCCGAGUUACAUUCAAAGGCCGGACUAUGCUGAUCAUCCCCUAGGUAUGUCUGAAUCAGAACAGGCCCUUAAAGGAACUUCUCAGAUAAAGGUUCUUUCCUCAGAGGAUAUAGAAGGGAUGCGAGUAGUGUGUCGGCUUGCUAGAGAAGUACUAGAUGUUGCUGCUAUGAUGGUGAAGCCAGGGGUAACUACUGAAGAAAUAGACCACGCUGUUCAUUUAGCUUGUAUUGCCAGAAAUUGCUAUCCAUCCCCACUGAAUUAUUAUAAUUUUCCUAAGUCUUGCUGUACGUCAGUAAAUGAAGUGAUCUGUCAUGGAAUUCCAGACAGGCGACGCUUACAAGAGGGUGACAUUGUUAAUGUGGACAUUACUGUUUAUCGGAAUGGUUACCACGGGGAUCUCAAUGAAACAUUUUAUGUUGGAGAAGUUGAUGAGGGUGCAAAGAAAUUAGUCCAGACAACAUAUGAGUGCCUAAUGCAAGCAAUUGAUGCAGUAAAGCCUGGUGUCCGGUAUAGAGAGUUGGGAAAUAUUAUACAGAAGCAUGCUCAAGCCAAUGGAUUUUCAGUAGUUCGAAGCUAUUGUGGUCAUGGAAUUCAUAAACUUUUCCACACGGCUCCCAAUGUGCCACACUAUGCCAAAAAUAAGGCCGUUGGGGUAAUGAAGCCUGGCCAUGCGUUUACAAUAGAACCUAUGAUAUGUGAAGGUGGUUGGCAAGAUGAAACCUGGCCAGAUGGUUGGACAGCAGUGACACGAGAUGGCAAGCGGUCUGCUCAAUUUGAACACACACUUCUGGUGACAGAUACUGGGUGUGAUAUCUUAACUCGGCGGUUGGAUAGCAUUCGCCCUCACUUCAUGACCCAGUGCUAAUGAACGCCAAACUGAGAGUCCUGAACCAAACAUCUCAUGAAUCUGUACUGUGCAUUUUACUAAAGUACAGGCUAAAGGGGGAUUUUAUCACCUGUUUUCUUCUUGUUGACUGUAGGUAAGAGAGAUAUGCAGCCUUGCGUUAUUUGACAUGGAACAGCCUGAUAAUGGUGGAAUGAAAAAUGGAGGUUUUAGAACAUUUUGUCUACUUUCCUGUGCCCCAGCAUAAUUUGAACUUUUUUUUAAAAGUCCUUUUUUCUUUAGGAGACCCCUUUAUUUUCAACCCUCCCACAGCUGAGCUUCAGAUGGUUCUGUCACUGCCAGAAUUUUCAGCUGGCAAAUACAAGAUAACUUAAUCCAUGGUGGAUGCAAGUUUUUGGAAAAUGAGCCUUUCUACUUUUAUAAGUGCCACCUGAGUUUUUAAACUUUAGUUGUUCCAAAGGCAACUCCAGCAUAGCUAUUGCUAAAAAGGCAGUUUUAAUGGGCCAGGCUAUCACCUGUUUCUAAUUCAGAGGUGGAAUUGUGUACUAGAAAGUGUUACCUAGUACAGUGUCUGCUUUCAGGAUUUUGUUCUGUUUUUCCCUCUUCCAGUGUGGUUGCCUCGGUUGUAACUAUAUAUGGAAGAAUAAUAACUACCUGUUAACAAGA